ACCGCCAUAGCCGCUGACUUCGAAAACCCAUUCCCCGGCGACGUCUUCGUAGGUACAAUUUGCUGGCGUAUCGCCGACGACAAAAACAGGCACUGUAGUCGCCAGGAGCAAGAUUACAGCAAAAUCCCUCAUGACUCGACUGAAUCCCGUAUUUUUCCUUUGGAAAUUCAAGUGGAAAUAGGAGUACGGCAAGUGAAGAGAUUUUGGCUGAGCAUGAGAUUCACGCACAGUGGCUUAAAAUUAAUACCUGUAGCUGCAAAUGUACUGCAACUCACGAGACAUUGUGUCAGGUGACAUGAUCAUAUGACACUGCGCGGGGGAUACACUCCUACUAUUUCCUUAGGUCUUGGAAAUAAAAUGAUUUGCAGAAUUAAAUUUCCCAGCUGACUAUGAAGCAUAAUCCAUGUAACAAAUUAAUUCAAGUAGAAUUAAAUCACAAUAUUAUUGAUGAUUUACAUGUUGAAAUACUACAUUUGAAAAAUAUUGUUUCAAUUUACUUGUAAGUUGUAUCAAUGACCUGUGCUUCUUCAGGUCACCGUAGAAGCUCAUUCAUUAUGAAUACAGCAUCAAGAGAGUCAAUGCAUCGUCAAUGCAAAAUUACGGAGACGUCGGAAAACAUCAUAAUUGGGACGUGCAAUGUGCAGCAAUUGACUGUUUUCUAGUUCAUCUCACUAGUAUAAAUAAAAUAAUUCAAUAUGUUAGCAGUGAUCAACAGAUUCCUUGACUGGCUUAAAAGCCUUUUCUGGAAGGAAGAAAUGGAGCUCACUUUAGUCGGUCUUCAAUAUUCUGGGAAAACAACAUUUGUUAAUGUGAUUUCGUCUGGACAAUUUAAUGAAGACAUGAUCCCUACAGUAGGCUUCAAUAUGAGGAAAGUUACAAAAGGAAAUGUCACGAUAAAGCUCUGGGACAUUGGAGGACAGCCUCGGUUUAGGAGUAUGUGGGAGAGAUACUGCAGAGGGGUGAAUUGUAUUGUAUACAUGGUAGAUGCAGCUGACCAUGAAAAGCUAGAAGCUUCAAGGAACGAAUUACACAAUUUACUGGACAAACCACAACUCCAAGGAAUUCCAGUUCUGGUGCUUGGAAACAAGAGAGACAUUCCUGUAGCGUACGAUGAGAAAGAACUCAUAGAAAGGAUGAACUUAUCAGCUAUUCAAGACAGAGAGAUCUGCUGUUAUUCCAUCUCAUGCAAAGAGAAAGAAAAUAUUGAUAUCACAUUGCAAUGGCUGAUACAGCAUUCAAAGUCAGGGGGUGGUCGCUAGGGAGUUCUACCCAUCCACUUCUGUUAACCAGCUUCAAAGACGAGAAGACCAAUAUAAAUAUUCAUAAUAUAAUUAUUGUCUAUUGUGUAUAUUAUGUUAGAUAAAUUGGGGGGAAAGAUGGAAGACAUUUAUAAGGAGGAAAGAGGAGCAGGAAUGAUGCAUCAGGUAAAAUAUAUGAAUGAAAAGAUUAUCUUUUGUGUUUUUGUAUACAGUAACUUUUGUUGUUGUUCUUUUCUACAUCUGUAUUUCAAUUUGUCUAGUUAUACAGUAUAUAUUUCAAGUUCCUUAUUAGGUGAGAGGGGUGUUAAAUUCUCCUCAAUCUUAUAUUAUAUAAAUUUGCAUGCUUGUCAAAAUUUUGAAUAAUCUUCAAGAAUUAUUCUGUUUGAUGUUAUGACAUCUUUAAAAGAUUAUUUAUGCCUGUUGUUGCCAUCUGUACAUUCAGUUCAAUUUGGUAGGUCUAAAGAUCAUUAUGGAACUACAUGUAGGAGAACCUUCAAAUUUAACCUUUUCCUGAAAGGGCACUUUUAGGUUGAAAAUAUGAAAUUAGUAAUUACAAUGUUUGCAACUUAAUUUGUGUUUUACUUUCAUCUACCAUGUAGUUUGUAUUCUAUGCAAGACUGAAUGUAUGUAGAUGAGAUAUACAAUACCAUUAUUAAGUUUUAUUGCAUACUUGAACAAGGUGAUCCAUGUACAGAGUCUAAUGGAAUUACAGAAAUAUGUUACCAACUCUUUCUGCCAGUUGCAAGUUUAUUUCUCACAAACAAGGGUAUUAGUCAAAUUGUGUCAAGCUUGCAUUGAUUUUUGUUAAGAAUAGUCACAGAAUACCUCUCUUUAAAUUAUUUAUAGCUAUCCAUAAAAAAUAUAAACAAUGUCUGAAACUGAUAAUCAAUGAAUGCCCAAAUUUUAGUUAUGUUUACAAAAAUUACUUGUCAAAAUCUCAGCUCUAUUGUUCAAGGCUCUCUCAUUUCCUUUUUAUCCCUCUGUUUCUCAUGCUUUACUAUGUAUUCUUGUAUUUUGCAGUUUUUACUUGCUAAAUUAGUUAAGAAUAAUGACAUUUUACCUUUUCUAGCAAGUGCAAUCCAAAUGGAACUGUUGGUAUGGGAUAUGUACAUAUAAUCAACCCCUGUUUAUACCAGUACAUGUCAUAGGAUUCUAGUUUUAAGAGUAUCAACAAUGAAAAUAGAAGUGCACAUUUAUGAGUAUUUGUAAAGAUGUAUGUUGAUGAAAAUAAACUAGCAUACAUCACAUGAUUGUAUAAUUAUAUGAUGUAUGAAAUUUUGUUUUCAUUCAUUAACAUAAUUACUGUAUUCACAUAUUCUGGUUGAGGUGAUAAUUUAUACAUUAAGAUAAAAGGAAAACUCAAAUGCAUUUGACAAUAUGAAAUGUUUACAUUCACUCAUGUACUAUUUUGCCGGAGAAGAAAAAAUCAUCGAUCUAAAUUAGAUUUAAUGAUUUUGGUGCAUGGAUUUCUGCAGAAUGAGAGUGGUGAACACUUUUUUUGUCAAAAGUUUCUUGUUUGGCUUUGACAUACAUGUAUAUUAAGACUAGCAAUGAGCAUACAUUGUUUAUUUGACAACAAUAUAGUGCAUCAACUUUGUAGAUGAUGAUCAAUAGAAAAAAGGAUGAAGGGUGGAUGAUUGUGAUAUAAUAUCAUCAUACUUUUUAUACUCAAUAGCUGUAAUGCCAUUAUAGCUUUGUAAAGGCAAUCAUGAUGUGAAGGUUUGUCUAUUUAUAUUCAUUGAUUUAGUUUAUAUUUAGUGUCAUAUAUGGCUAAGAGAUUGACCCCAUUUGUAUUCGAUCUACCAAACAAAUAUUGUUCAUUAUUGAAGCAUUUUUCCUACUUUCUGUAGCUUUUUCAUAAGGCACAUGGUGUGAUAUUAUCAUGUGUAGUGUAGAAAAGGAAACGCUGUCCCAUAAUGAGUACACAAUUGCAAUGUAUUGUUAAACCACAGUAGUUUGCCCCUCUAGUUCUCUUUUGUUCUCAGUAUUCCAGCACCACUUGAAAUAGAUUACUUUGUCUUGAUCAUAACUGCCUUGGAACAUCAUAAGGAUAAUUAAAUAUGCUGAAGAUAGUCUGUAGAGGUACUUAUAUGAACUAUUUGCUUCAAGUACAUCACGUAAUUGCAAACUAUAAUUAAAUUAUGUUUAGGUGCUUUAGAUGCGAUGAUUUUUGCCAUUGCUGACAUGCAGUUAGUAAAUCUCUAGUCACCAUUGAAUGGAUUUUACUCCUUAUUAAGUAGUCCGGGAUAAACUGGAUACGAUUAGUGCAAAGUAUAUUUCUGUAUUCUUAUUUAAAGAAUUUGUUUGCUUUUAAUGAGCUUUAUCAUGGUCAGCUUCUUAGACAAACAUGGAAAAAGUGUAGCUCCUCAGAUAUCUCACCAUUGUUUCUCAAGUAUUCUUUAUAGAAUCUUAUUUUUUUAUUUCUAAGGACAUACAUGUACACUUGGUAAUUCAAGAUUCAACCCAUUUGAAUAUCCUCUUCUACUAAUUAAAUACCCGUCUUUUGAUGUUGAAGUGAUUGAUAUUUAUAUUUAAUAGUUUGAUUUGAUUUUUCUACUUAAUACUUAGCCUGUAUAAAAUGCAGAAAUGUCCUACUGUUAAAUUAAAUGAGAGCGUCAAUAUGGUAAGAGUAUUGUUAUUAAGCACUGCGAAUCAUUUCCUGAAUAAUAAUUUUGCAAUAUGUCUAAUGACAAAAUGAUGACAAAAUGAUUGUUUUGUAGUUCCCGUUGUAAUACCUGGACUUUCUUCUUUUUCUUUUGUAUUUCUGCAUGUAUAAGCUAUUGUAUUUCAGAUGAGACAUUACCAAUUGUCAUCAAUUGUGUUUUCUAUGAAAUUUGCUCAAUGAUGUUAAACAAUCUUGUUUAUUAUGUGUACAUAUAUACAGGCCAAGUUCAUUCAUGUCAGUCUGGAUAAAUCAAUUGAAUAAAUAUUGAAGAAAUGGGAUAAUGAAAAUUUAAUAAGAAUUAGAUAACACACCUUUUUUUUAUUUGAAAUUUCAAGUUUGGCAUUAGUUGUAAAUAUUCAAUGUGAUUGAUUGUAUGGAAAGAACUAAGCUGAUGAUGCCAUGCAUUCACUCUUUCUUUUGCUGCAAGAAUGACUCUUUAUGGACUGUGCAAAAUCCAUAUUGUCACUCAUUAUGAAACAUCAAUAAACAUCUUUUGAGAGAGUAUGACAGUUUGAAAUAAUACAUUUCUGAUAAAAUACACAAGAGAAAAGAAGUUAUGAUAUCACCAACUUGCACAUUUGUAAGGUAAAGAUAAUUACUGCUUUAUGAAAUGAUGCUCAACAUCAAAAUGCCAAAAUUGUUUUUCCCAGGUUAUGACGGUUUCCAUAAAAAAGAGAAAAUAUAUUUAUAUAAUAUUAACUAGCUUUGAAGGAAAUAAACUAGCUUUGAAGGAAAUACCAAAUGUAUUUCCCAAGUAGUCUCAUAUUGCAGAGUCUUGACUAGAGCAAUAUCAGUCUCCUGAGAGAUGUCAGGUAUCUCCCGAAUAUUAAUGGCAGUCAAUAUUAUCAUUUCCUACUGCUUUAUAAAGUGUAAUUCAAGUUAUUUGGUACAAUUUAUAUGCUUGUGUUACACCUGUCACUACUUCUGAUUUCAGGUCAUUCAUGAACUUGAUUAAAUAAUCCUCGUAAAGUAAUUGAGACGUUAACUGCUGCAGAGGCAAGCAGAUACACUUAACACCUACAAAUAUUUCUAUUGGGUUUGAUCAGCUUGGAAUGCAUGCAUCGUGAUCUACAUUGCAUUAUUUCACAAACUAGUUCCAACUAGAUUUCAAGAACAUUGCCUGCUGCAGAAUUUAUAUGUAACGUCAAUGGGAAAACCUGGAAGAGAGAAAAUAUGGCAAAUGAUUGCCACAGAAAAAUACCUUGUAUACAUGUAGGUAAUAAUAGAAAUUACCCGGUAAUGUUUUGUGUUAGGUACCUUAGCCAUGCCUACUUGGCCAGUAACUUCUCACUGUUGUGAAAUCCCUGUUAUUCUCUUUAGCUACAAUGCAGUAACACCAAGGGUAGGUAUUUCUAUUUAUACAGAUUUGUGGUAUUUAUAUGCUUUAAACCGCAAUUGUUUGUUCAUUUUGAUUUGUACUUUAUUGGAAAUACAUCCUUACAUUGUGUUCCAAAUGGUGAUAAUCAGAGCUGGAAAAGCGGAACAACCUUUGAAUAUUUAGUCUGCUGAUUUAAUAGUUUUUAGUAGUUCAAUGAAAUUGAUUUAGUUUUCCCUCUUAUCUUAUUCUAGAAAGAAUCGACGCAUUUAGAAAUUGUGCCCUGCCAUGUAGUGGUUAAUAUAAAUGUGUACCAAAGUUAUAUGAUCAUUUAUUACGUUUAUAAUAAGGUCAUUUUGGAAAAGUUUCUUUUUGUUAAAAUUAGAAUGUGAUUUUCUAAAACCUGUUAUUCUAGUCUGCUUAAAACCUUGGCUCCAUAUAUUUGUGAUAUUGUACCAUUAUUUAUACUCUUAAUAGUUGGCAAAGCACACUCACAAUCUUAGUUAGUAAAGUCACAUCAUUCUUGUAAAAAUGAUCAAUUGAAAAUAAAUAAUUGGUGUACUGUAUGUACUCAAA